AAUUCUACAAGAGCCUGUAAACUAGGAAGGCACUUUGAAAUUAUUUAGUCGAGACUGCAUUGAAUAUAUUCAGCUUAUUACACAAUAAACCAACGAUACCAGAAACAAAGGAGGAACGAGAGGUACAAAGCGAGCUUCUCGGUUUCGAUUUAUCACUCUCCCACCAACGUUCGAAAGAGAUUUUCACAUUGCAACGUCGGGGAAAGCGGAACGUGCGGGGAAACGAUUUAUGACACACAACACAACACAACGAUAACACGCUUAGAAGGUCGAGCCACGUGACACAGAGUUCAGUCAAAGACGUUUCCCAAAUAUUGUGACCGCGCGACGCUCGCCGCGAUACGUUCUCUAUUUGACGUGAAUAUACAUACAUCUCGCACGUGUGUCGAUCAUCGAAAAGUGCGACGACGUAUCGGUGCAGAAAAGUGCAGUCUGGAUCCGAUCACAAAAUCGAAUCGGUUCAAGCGUCGUAUUCAGGGAUGUGACGAACGCUCGUACGUGAGCAGAGAAACGGACGAGAGAUAUAAAUGGUCUCGCUCGCAUAAGCGCGCAUCUCUUCGAUUUCACAUAAGGAAGAGCACGAAUCAUCGUGGAACCGGUGAAAGCGAAAAUGGCUCCCGCAGGGUUACCUUCGUCAAACGGAGCUCUACCACCAUUUACAGGGUCUACCCUGGUCGGCACAUCGUUUGCCAGUUAUAAAAGGGCCUGGUGGAGAAGAGUGGCCCCCUGCUUGGCCUUCCUCGCCGCCUUUUGCACCGCUAUGGCUGUGCUUCUAGUCUGGAGCGAAGCGGCAGCUUUGAGGAGACAGGCGUUCGAUGCGAAUAUGACCAGGGACUACGUGCUCGAUAGCGUUUCGAUGGACAAUCCGCAAUUGGUCGCAUAUAUACGACAGGUGCAUCUGAAACCCACGACCCAUCAAGAUCCGUUGAACGCCAACCAGACAUCGGAAGAAAAGUACGUGGUCAGUUUAUCGCAAGGCAAACGCGAGGGAAUCUACGCAGAAUACAUCAGCAGGAUAGGCGUGAUUUCUAGCACCGCUUGGCUAGAGUCCAAUCUGAGUUGGCAUGGCAUUCUGAUAUUAACCGAGCCCAAAAACUUCUUCGAGGCGCAGAGGAGCACCAGAAAUCCGCGAUCGAAAGUUCUCCACGCCUGUCUCAGUACAGACACAGAUACCAAAGAGAUAAAGUACCAUCAGGAGUCGGAGGUCCAAGUCACCAAAUUGGGCGACGGUCCUAACAGCCUCGUAUCGUCGGACGAUGGUUUUCCUACCACUAGACUAAAGUGCUUUCCUCUCUAUAGCGUACUGUUGGCAUAUAACACUACAACUUUGGAUUAUUUAAGUUUGGACAGUCCCGACGCUCCCGAUGGCCAGGUACUCGACACCAUCCCUUGGGACAUUAUAAAAAUAUCAAUAGUGUCUGUACGCUGGAAUCCCCAUCAUAGCGAGACAGAGAUAAAGAACUUCAUCGAUAAAAUGACCAGCCGAAGAUACAAGCUCGUACAUACGACAGACACCGGAAAGUGGAUCUUUUUGUACAAUACUCUGCUUAAGAUUUAAUUCUUGACUCAGGUUAAUGCGGUAGACUGAGGAAGGAGGGAAUAUGUCGUCGCAAGAUUAAAUAUACAAUAUGAGCGACUCGAAACGCCAUUAACCCUUCUUGCUGUGCUUUUGAUUCGUAUUUAAUAUUUUAAUCGCUGCUUAGAAAUAUUUCUUUCGAUCAAAAGUACGAUCUCCCGUUCGAUCUCACAGGACAAUUUAAUUUAUCGUCAAUAUUAAGGAUACCGGAAGUAAUUAAUCGCAGAAUUAGUUUUUUGUUGAAUUUUCGAAUUUGUUGUCUCGUGCUAUGCGAGAUAUUUUCGGCACUCACCAAAAGGUAAGUUUGUCUUUCUUGCAAUUUAUAAGGAUAAUCCGUAAUUUAAAACGCAUAUAUGCUGAUAACAAUUAUCAAUUAAAUUUCCAAAGACUCAUGAAUUC